AUGAUCUCGGCAUUUUACGCUGUCAUGCAGGACAAGACGGGUGCCUUGAUAGACUCCAAGACCCGUGUACUGCACGCCCUGCAAGCCAAUAUGAACAUGUUCUCGAAUGAACAACUCCAGGUCCCGUCUAAGAUAUGGCAGAUUGCGCUCGAAUCAACUUCUGGUGACUGGAUGGAUGCCAGUGGAGUGCAAGGAUACCUGCGCGACAAGAGGGUGAUUCUUGACAACUUUCCCGAUUCCUCUGGCCGUCUUGAUUAUUCGGCCUCUACAGCACUUGAUUCAACAGCAUUCAUCAAAUCCCUCUCAAAAGAAGCCACAUGCGUUGGGAAUGGACCGGUAUUCCGACGGCAGAGCGUUGAAAAAGCUCUUCGUCAGGCAACAAUUAGUGUGCCUUGGGAUUUCGAUAAUCUUUGUGAUUUAUAA